AUUUUUCACCUUGUUGCCGACAUUUGAUAUUUUGCAACCUCAGUGUCCCUGAUUACUGCCCCAGUGUAACCAUAAUAAAAAAUGAAGCCAGCCCCUGUCACCUGUCCCAGUGCACACAAUAACACCACCAUAUACCAUACCAAUACCUUUAUCACUGCCAUAGCCCAUACCAGCACCAUGAUCACUGCCAUAUGUCAUACCAGUGCCUUGAUCACCACUAUACACCAUACCACUGAACGACAUACCAGAUUGGCACCAUACACCGUACCAAUGUCCUGAUCACUGCCAUACCUCAUACCAGCAUCCUGAUCAAUGCUAAACCCCAU